AUCGGUUAGCAGUCGAGCCGUCCACAGAGAGCAGCGAGCUGGAAAUGAGCCACCGCUGUGAGAUCCAGUUGGACAACCCACGCGGCGCCUAUCGGGCCGGUGAUACGGUCAAUGGUCACGUCUAUCUGACCCUUUCGGAGCGGACCCUAAUCAAAGCAAUAUGCUUGGAGGCCAAUGGAUACGCGAGCACCGCCUGGCAGCAGCCCCAAAAGCAACGGAAUCCGAAGAAAAACGAGUCGCAAGUGGUGGCCCAGAGCUUGGACUUUGAUUAUCGCGUGGAUUUCUUUGCCAAAAUCGAUUAUUUUGUGGGCUCGGAGGCGGCGCAACCCCAGAUAAUGGAGGCGGGCACCUACAAUUACGGCUUCCACGUGAAGCUGCCCAAGAACUGCCCCGGAAAUUUCGAGGGGGCCCACGGGCACAUACGGUACACACUCCAAGUGCUCAUCCACAGCAGCGCAGAUCGCCCGCAGCAGGUGCUCCAUGUGCGCCAAUUGCAGAUUUACCCACAGAACUCCCUCAGCCAGGAGACACGGAGCUGUGAGGUGCAGACUUACGAGCAGACCCCUCGCCUUAAAUUCUGGACGAAGCCACUGCAUCUGCAGAUCCAGAUUCCCAGGCAGGGUUACUCGCCAGGAGCCGGUAUCUCUGUCCAUGUGACGCUGCACAACCCGGAGAAGUUGCCACUGCGCGAGGCGGUUUACUCCCUCGUCCAGAUCAGCACCUACAUUGCCCAUCUGCGGAAUAAGCCCAAGCGCAUGGAGAGCAAGGUUGAGCGGCAAACUGUCCUAAGCAGCCGCCACGAGCUGCACAACCUUCCCCGUGCAGAACUGCAGAGCUUCCAGCACCUUCACAUGCUGCAAGUGCCCCAAACUGCGGCCACCUUGAGUGUGGCAGGAUGUGCCUGCCUGCAGCUUAACUACGAGGUGGAGGUGCUGGUCACGACUCAGCAGGAAAAACGCUUCAUUGCGGCCCGGAUGCCGGUCAUCAUUGGCAAUGUGACGCCGCCGUGCCCUGGCAAACUCCUCAUGCAAGAGCCAAUGGAGGCAACUGCCCCGGAACCAACUCCUCCAGUCGAAGCAGCCCCAAAUUUGGUUGCGAGUUACAGUGUUUCCACUACAUCUUUGGCUUCGAAUUUCCGCGAGGCCGAGUUCAUGGUAGCCACCAACCUGAAUAAGACCAACAAACACUACUUGUCCGGCGAGCAGUUGGAUUUUAGACCACGUUAUGUCUACUACGAAAUGGACCAGACUCCAUCCGAGGAAGUGAAGUCCUAUUGAAUGGACACCACAGCUGUACUUUAAGUCUUCUAAUUUAUUUCAUCCACUAGCAAAAUUACAUAAAUAUAUAUAUUAUAUUAAUGCAUUAUCAC